AUGUCACGAAAGCGACGUAACACUUCUUCUCUCGAGCCUGAUGACCUUCCCUCUCCGAAAUGCCAGGACUUGAGACACGUCCACAAUGAUUGGGACGACUCGGACGACUCGGAUGAGGAUCUUGACGAGAUUCCCUAUGUCGGCGAAUACACUGGGAAGACUGGGGCAUUUCCAGCCUUAGGUGGCGAGGACGAUGAACUCUUCUAUGGCCUAUCUGCGGAUGGAAUUAAUUAUCUCCGUAUAGUUCGAUAUAUUGUUAUAUUCUAUGGCGUUCUUAUCUCGCUAAGACUUUAG